CUACAGCCAUUUGAAAAAUGGCGCUCAUAAUAACAGAGGAUUGGAUUCGCGAACGUGUGAACUUGAAGCACGAUAAUCUAGAGGAUGUUCGUUCUCUCUCACUGUGUGGGAACUAUGUUGACAAAAUAGACAGUCUUGGAAGUGCACUGAGGAAGUUCAGUCGUCUCAAAAGUUUGGAUCUUUCCAGAAAUGCUAUUACAAGUUUGGAGGGUUUGGAACACCUUAAAAUGCUGGAGAAAUUAAAUCUCUAUUACAACAACGUGCCAACACUGAGUGAGCUCUACAGGUUACGGGGCUGCGAAUCUCUCCAGGAGCUAGAUCUACGCCUCAACCCUGUGGCACGCAACGAACCAGACUACAGACUGUUCUUAAUACACAUGCUUCCAAGCCUCAGGAAACUUGUUUGUAUGUCAUUUCCAGCAUUAGAUGAUGAUGAUGUUGAGCUGUUAGAUCUGAUAGCAAGGACCAAGGGAGACCUGAGCCAGCCACGCCAUAUAACAGGCUCCAGUGCCACUCAGCCUGAAGCUGUGGAUUACUCACCUGAGAGGAUAAAAAGAAUGGAGUCUGCUGCAAUGGAGGCCUCAGCACCACCCCCAGUCCCCACAUACCCCCCGGGGUCCCCCAUCAACAAAGCCAUGAAGGGACAGACUGUCAGUGGCACAGCCCCUCAGAUAACCUCAGACUCCUAUCACAAUAGAUACCCCCACUUGUUUGGCAGUAUAGGAGAGCAUGCAGACCCUCUACACAGGAAUGCUGGCACAGGAAAACAAGAAUUCAGGGUACAUUUUCAAGAUUCUUCUCAUAAACCAGCUGACACCAAUUUAAAGUUUCAAGAUGAGAUUGAUGCCUACACAUCUUACAAAGUCCAAGGUCAUUUCACUCCACACCCAGGUACUGCCAGCAGUCAACCCAUCAAGUUUACCUCUGGUCAGGUCACAGCAGAGCCAUUGACACAGGAACAGAAUUAUGCUCAACCCCCAGUGCAAGCCCAGUCUAACAUACCGUACAGCAGUAUCUCCCCAUCCAGGAGUGUACAACACCAGCUUGGUCACACUCCUCCUGAGAAACUCCAGCCACAGCCAGACCAACGCCAAACGACCCUGUCACAAAUACCAUCUAUCCUCGAGCCGCCAUCUUCCAUCAGGCCACCACCAGAUGUCAGCAGUGAGUCAGCAGGGCUGGGCAGAGAAGAACUGCUAAGUCAUCUCUGUGAUCUGGCAGACAAGUAUUGGAAUGGGGCCAAAUCUUUACAUAGGAAUUCCAGGUUUCAAAAGAUGGCCCACAGCUACCUGAAUGAGCACCUGCAGGGCCAAGAUGAGAGCCCUGGCAUGGCCCAGGUACAGGAGCAGAUAGACAGGCUAAAGCAAGAGAAUAGUCUGCUACGGGAACGGCUUGAGAGCCUGGCUAACCAGAGAGCUGAAGAAGAGGAUCCUAGACUUAAAAACACUUUACACCAAGCACAGAAAGAUGUGGAAAUCUUAAGAGAAAGGCUGCAGCAGUCCAUUGAGGAGAACAAGGUGUUACAACAGAGGCUCUCAGCAUCAGAAGGUGGACAACAGACAGCCAAGAACACAUCUUUCACAGGACUGGGUUCCAGCGCAGUGGACAGCGGACAUCUUGAAGAGCUGCAUGCAGAAAACCAGAGGUUGCAACACGAGAGGGACACGUUAAAGAUUCGUCUGAAGCAGUAUGCCCAGAUGCAGGAACUGGCAUCCAUGUUACAGGAGAGUCACAAGUCUCUAGUGCAGACAAAUGAGCACCUAAUCCGUGAGCUGGAUGAGUCACGAGAGCGUCACAAGGCUGAGGUUCAGCAGCUCCAUUGGAGCUAUGAACAAAUGAAAAAGACUGCGAGUUUUCUGCCCUCCAUGGGAGAUAGCACUCAUACAAAUGGAUAUCAAUAAGAACAGUUUCCGUGUACUUUUUAUUUAUUAUUUAUUUAUUUUUAGUUUUAUUUAUUUUUUUUCACAUAGAGCGGUAUGUUGUAUUUUGUACUUGUAGCAGGUAAUGAGCAGGAAGAUUUGCAAAUUGGAGUUUAUUUCUUCAAAACGUAAAUCUCUGGUUUCUUCUGAUGUUCCACACCAGUGAAUGAACAUGGAGCAGACUUAAAAUUGGCAUGCACAGCUGUUGAAAAAAAUUAAUUAACUCUUGGCCUGCAUGACCAGUUGGACUUAGGGGCAUCUGUCUACAUUCAAAAACAUGUUGACCCAGGGAUCUUUUGGUUUAUUGUGUCAGAACAAGGUAAUUACAGGUGUAAUAUUAAAGCUGCCCAUUUCAAGCACUUUAUUUGAACAAAAACCCUUACAGCAUAGUUUCAAUUUCAAGAUAUAUUGUGCUCAUUUCAUUGGUUUGUGCUGUUUCAUUUAUAUUUAUAAUGAUUUGUAUAUUUUAACAGCAUAAAUAUAAAUAGUCCCAGAUGCUGUUUUAAUAUCAAUCAAAGGAACAGAACAUAUUUUCAGUUUUAUUUUUGUAAUUUUGGUCACUGCCACCAAUUGUAACCAGAGGGUAAACAAUACUGUAUCACAACAAACCAUGGCCACUUAAACUCCUGAAAGGGGAUAUUCUAUAAUAUGAUGCAUCAGCCAAAUAAGAAACGUGUAAAGUUCUUGUAAAGUAGUUAAUUAACAAGCUUACUCUUGCGUCAUUUUCUGUUCAGUCAUUUGACUGGAGUGGUAUCUAUAUUUUUACUUCAACCUUUUGUAUAAUAUAAUAAUAUUAAGUGUACAUAUCAUUUUGUAUGUGAAGUCCUCUUUUUAUCAAUGUGUAACAUUUUGUAUAAUCCCACCUUUCACAUUUUGCUCAGUAUAAUUAUUGUAAGAAUAUAUAUAUAUUUGUUACUGCAUUGUUAUUUUAUUUUUCAUUA